AUUCGUCUCAAGAAUCUCGCAGCUUCCUUGUCGGACUCCCUCCUUUUCUUUGCCACCCCAGCAUCCUCCCCUUCUUCUCAGCAAGUGUUCACUUCAGCAUGGCAGAACCGACUCAGUCUACUGUGCACAAAGUCGAGCUCUACUGCUACGACCUCUCGGGCGGACUCGCCCGUCAGCUAAGCGCAGCGCUCCUCGGCGGACAUCACAUGGAGGCAGUCUGGCAUACAAGCAUUGUAGCACACGGCCAAGAAGUCUUCUUCGGCGGGGGCGAGGGCAUCAGCAUCACUGCGCCAGGGAGAAGUCAUCACGGCAAUCCGGUCCAGGUGACCCAGCUAGGGCAGACGGAGAUCGACAAGGAGACUUUCCAGAUGCUUAUUGAUGACCUUCGGGAGAGAUUCACGGCCAGCAGCUACAACUUGUUCAACUACAACUGCAACAACUUCUCGGACGAGUUCAGCAAGAUCCUGAUUGGGUCAGGCAUCCCGCAGCACAUCCUCAACAUGCCUGCCGACUUCCAGACGGCGCUGCGUAACAUGUCCAAUCGACCACAGGGAGGCAUGGCAAACGGAGCACCGGCCGGCGGGCCUGCUCCUCCCCUCGGGGGCCUGGUGGACAUGAUCAAUCAGCGAGCGCAGCAGUCGACGACAUCGCAGCCUGCUGCGCCCCCGUCAUCCGUUGCAGAGUCAAGCACCAACGCGCAGCCACACCCGCACGACAGUCUCUCACCACCCAUCACCUCACUCUCCUCCCUCCCGGCAUCGCCCACCUACUUCAUCGCCUCGCCGAUCAAGCCCGAUGCGCUGGCUCGCUCACUAGACGAGCACAUCCGUGCGGUCCGUUCACCGGAUUUCAAUGCAAAGGCAGACCUGCAGGAGGCCCGAAAAAUCAUCGUCAAGGAGGCGCUUCCAUGGAUCCAGGACGGUAGCGGCAGUAGCGCUGUGGGCAAAGUUGCGGCACGGAGGAAUGUGGAUGCCCAACUAGCACAGCGAUGGCGCAAGGCUAAUGAUGUCUUGUGCGCUCAGCUGCCUACAGCGGCCCUCUUCCCCCUCGUCGAUCUGCUGCGUCAUGCCGCUGCCGAUGGCAAUGCCGCCAAUCACAGCACGUACAACAACGCGCAACUCUUCUCUUCGGCCCUUGAGAGCUUGGCACCCAAGCUUGGCAAGACGCAAGGACCAGAUGAAGCAAGGUCGACCUGGAUGACCACCAUGUAUUUGCUGGCAAACCUCUCGGCGAACAAGGGCGACGGGGGCGCUGCAGGGAUCACGCUGCUGGUGGCUGGAUUGCUACACGCGGAUCUAAAAGUGGCAAAUGUAGCAGCCACGGCAGCGUACAAUCUCUGCCUUGUGCUAUCCGAGCGGUUGCGUCAACCCAAUUCGGCUUCGGUAGAAGAGGUGGCUCUGGAGGUGCUCACCGCCCUCCUCGAGGCUCUGAAGCGAACCGACCUGCAAGCGGAUACGGUCCAUCGUAUCGCUGCGAGUUUGAUGAGGGUAAUGUGGCGCUUCCCCGAUUUGGAGGCUCUCACGGGUUUGGCAGAAGUGCUUGAGGCUUCAGAGGUUCUAAAGGAGGCGGGGCGAAGGGAUAAUGUGGUUGGUGCGGGGAGCGACAGGGUGGCGAUCGAGGCACUGCUCAAAGACUGCGAGCGCUUGAUGAGAACGUAGAGAGCGGAGCCGUCAGGCGUGUUUAGAUAGCUGUUACACGAUUGCUUAUACCAUUGCGCGAUAAUCGUACAUCGUCUCAUCUUC